GAUGAAAUUACUAUUUGGCAGUCUGAAAACUUGUCACUGCUAGACUCAGAAGGUUCGCUAUUCAAUAAAGCAUUCAAAUAUGAUCUGGGUGAUGUGCGAAUAAUUAAUGGCAUCAUUCUCUCAUAG